AUAUCCUCAACAAAACCAAACAAAAUUAAACCGGCCCGAUAAAACUCAUCUAGCUCUUCCCCUUCCUCACUCUCCCUCUUUCUUUCUCUCUCUCACUCAUCAUCACCACCGAAACAAAAGCAUCAACAAAUGCCGCCCUCUUUACCUUUACUCCCAGAUCUCGCUUAUCUAAGUUCUUAGCGACCCACCUCGGAAUUUUUCUUUUUUAGUUUUUUCUGUUGUUAUGGCGACUCUUCAAAGAUUCAAGCUUUUGGCUACCCAGUGCGCCGUCGCCGGCAGCCCAACGCGGAGCCCGACAACCAGUCCAGUUAUCCACCUUCGCCGCCGCAAGACACUCCGGAUGCUACUAAAUCGCCGCCGAUUCGCUCGCCAAGAUGACGAUGACUUGAACCGAGAUAUCACCGAUAAAUCUCCCGAGAUCAAGAACAAAAAGAUGAGAGCCAAGUUGAAGGAUUUGUUUGUUUCGUCGCCGCCGUUUGAGGAGAAAGAUUCGGCGAGCGGGGAAGAUAGGGAAGGGCUUUUACCGGUUACUGGCAGUGUCGGUGGUGGUGGUAGUGGGUCUGUAUCCCGUCGUGGCUCGGCCGGUUCGCUUAGGCCGAUAUCGGCGACAUUUCGGUAUCGGUUAUUGAGAAGAGCUUGGCGACCUGUGCUUGUCACUAUUCCUGAGUAACGGUAGAAAAUUAGUAAAUCUGUGAAAAUGAUAAAUCGAAUAUUUUUGUUAAUUUUUAUUUAUUUUCCAUUUUCUCUUUUUA